AUAUAACUGUUAUAUUUUAUUUACCAUCAUAUAUUUUUACAAAAAAAAUUUGUGUCACAAACAUCAUAUAUUUUCUGUAAAUUAAUAUAUAAACUGAAUGUAUUAUUAAAUGAGUUUCUUAUAUUAAUGGUGGCCCAUUAAAAUGUUUCCUAAUUGACCAUUUGGUAAUGCCCAAGGUCUUGACUAAGCAACCUUGAAAAACCGGUAUAGACUUGGUUUACUUCCUUUUGAUCCUCUUGUGUAUUUGGUUGUUGGCACGUGGCUUUUGGUUGUAUGGUGAGGAUUGUUGUACUAAAUGGAUUAGUUAUACAAACAAUCUCAAAAUUAGGAUUCUUCUAUAAAUAGACGCUCCUUCUCUGCACAGCAAGUAACAAUGUCUACGAAAAAGAUCUUGUUUAAGAGCUCCGAUGGUCACUUGUUCGAGGCCGACGAAGCUGUCGCACGCCAAUCGACGACGAUAUCACAUCCCCUUGAAGAUUGCUGCGCCAAGGCCGACGAUGAGUUCCUGCUUCCGAACGUCUCCGGCAACAUCCUCAGCUUAGUGAUCGAGUACUGCAAGAAGCACGCCGACGUUGGCUCCAUCUCCGAGGAAGAUCUCAAGAAGUGGGACGCCGAGUUCGUCUUGGGUAUGGAUCAGCCCACGUUCUUCGAUCUCAUCCGGGCUUCGAACUACCAGAACAUCCCAAGCCUGAUUGCUCUAACUUGCCAGACGAUCGCUAAUAUGAUCGCGGACCCAAAUGAGAUUCGCGCAACGUUCGAGAUCAAGAACGAUUUUACACCGGAGGAAGAAGAAAAAGGUCGCCAGGAGAAUCGAUGGGCCUUUCACUUGAGUCAUUAGGGUGCCAUGUGACACCCGUUAAAUCUCGAUAAAUAAUAGUUUGUUACCAAAAACAUUGAAAAUUCAGCAGUUCUGCUGGAAAAAGUCCACUUUUGACACCCCCUAGACCCCAGUUCGCAACCCAAUGAUGACACCUGUCAUUUAUUUUGACACCUCUUAAAUACAUUCUUGGAUCCGCCACUGCAAUAAUGUUUCUUGGUUAGAUAUAUACCGUGUUGUUGAUUAGAUGACUUUGAAUAUUCAAUAAAUCUCUAUGAAGUGGGUUCUAUAUA